AUGGGACCGGCGGAGACGACGCCUGAGCGUGUAAGCGAAGAUUUGAUGCAAGCGGUUACGUGUCUGAAACGAGUGAUGACUGGAAUGAAGAAUUGUAGUGAUGUACACGAUGAGGAGAGCCCACUAGACAGUACGACCGUCAUUUGUACACUGGAAAAGAUCACUGGAGCACUGGAAAGGUGUAUGGAGAAUAAUAAGACGUUGAACGAUGUGCUCAGUGGAAAAAUGAAAUGUACAACAUGUGGCUCAACAUCUGUCGGUUUUCUAUCCGACUGCCACGACAGUGCCACAUCGACAACAACGACCGCCUCGCAUCGCUCGUCUGAAGAACCGCCACGUCAUCGAAAGACUUCUGGAGACGACGACGAAGAUCUCGACGAGGUGUGCUCAUCGAUCGGUUCACGAAGUAUUCGAUCAGUGAGCAGUUCGGUGAAUCAAGACGACGUUGACGAUGCUCAGAAUCAGACGAUUCUGGCAGUGGAACCGAGAACAGAGGGAUCGAAAACGCCGGAAGAAGAAGAGGAGGAGCAUGAUCUUGUCAUGAAAACUAUCUUAUCUUCUACAACUUCCACGUCGACGUCAGCAUCCUCGCCCUACCGUAAAUCAUCGAAACAAGAAGAGAACAGCAAAGAGGAGCAAGAGGAGACGCCAUCAUCGAUCGACUCGAAUCUUUUGGAUCAAUUCUUGCAAAAUUCACUGCUCGGAGUGACGCCUGACGUGUUGAAGGGGAUUAUGGAGACGACGCCCGAACCGCCGACGACGACGACGAAUUCAGAAGAAAAUGAAGAGGAAAAGGAUCAGAAUGCGUUGUUAAGCAGCUUUUUCCAGAUUCUGUUCGCCAACCAACAAAACGGUGACUCUCCAAUGCUCGAAGACGUUUCCGAAAACAACACUGAUUCGUCGUCCCAACCCUCUCCACCAGCCGAUCCGAACAAUUUCGACUCGUUGGCAAUGAUCGAAACGCUGCUUGCCGAGUCACUCAACCAAUCAGAUCAGUCAGCAGAAAGUAAAGCAGCGGCGGCAGCAGCGGCCGCCCGUAAACGAAAAAGUACUCCGAUGAAGGUGCCGAAAUCGGAGAACGGUGCUGGAUACGUGUGUCCAAUGGAGGGAUGUAAUAAGAUUUUCAAGGAGAAAGGAUCUGUACACAGGCAUUUUGUCACACAUAUCGGAAUGCGGUUUAAUUGUGACAAAUGCAAGGCGUCGUACACUCAGAAGCACGCUCUAAUGCUCCAUCAGAAAAUACACGCGAAUCCGGACGCCUAUCAGUGUAGAGGUUGCGGAACGAAUUACACGACACAGAAUGGGCUUCGGCUGCAUCGACAGAGAAAUCCUCAAUGUACGGAACACAAUUCGAGUGCCUCGAUGUCUGACUUCAACUCAUCACUCUCCGAAGUGCUCGCAAUGACGAAAGCGUCGACGACACCCAACAAACAGAUGGUUGUGGCGCCUUGA